AGUGCCUGGACUCCCGCCUCCUAGGGCUCCGGGUUUUAAGCAGCCCCAGCUCGACGCAUUUCCCUCACCAACGCCAUCAUUGGGUUGCAAAGCCCGGGACUGUUCCAUUGCCUACAAACUCAGGCCAAUCACCAUCACUCACCUCGUUCUCUCUCUCGGGGAUUGGUCUGCACCCGCAUUACUGCCGUGGCAUUGAAGACAAACACCAGCUUCUCAGUAGUCUUUGAGCUUCUUCCUCGAGUGGUGGUUGAGGGGCGUUUACAGUCGGUUGUUGCUGGUUUCAGAUUACCCGGGUUGCAGCUACGUCGCUUUUCGUUUCUCUUGAGUUGUGUCGCUGCAUUUAAAGCUCAGUGUGGGGUCGGUAGUACGUGACGAGACUGGCAUUGCAGGUUGGAUUGGGGUAGACUGGGAGUGUCGGGAUAUGUGUGGGCGUUACGGAGAAGAGUAGCGGUGUGUGCGGGUGACUUGUGUAGAAAAUAUGUCGGGCGGCUUCUGAGAAUGAGUAGUUGAAACUGUUGCUUCUGGAGCCGUAUUCUCGUGAAACGGUCGUGACAUCUGCAUUGCUUAGUAUGGUAACUCCUUGCCUCUGGGAGGUUUAGUUGGUGUCUAGUCAUGAGAAAUGGCGCUAGCUUUCAAUACAUCAUUGUAAGAAGGGUGCGAGAUUGAGAGAACAUUUGGGUCACACUCACGGAUUCCAAAUUGGUCGGUGAAUGAAUUCUCUGAUGAAGAGUGAAGGGAAACAACCACGCGGUGCUUCUCACGUGUGUGAAUCGUUUUGGCUCACUGAAGAAGUGUAGUUUUCGUCGUCUAUCAUGAAUCGUUAGUAGCCUUAUAAAGUCGUUGGAAGCGUUUUUCCCUCUUUGCCCCUCUUCAUCUUCUGAACCCCGCUCCAGGUCCUUACUUGGGGGUAAGGCUGGUUUAGGUCUUUACAAAUUCUAUCUGUUCAUUGAUCUUUCUCCCUCAGUUGAUUAGCAACUCACUCGAUCAGCCAUGGUGAUGAAGGGGCCUCUGGAAGCGCAAAUGCGGGUCAAUGCACUGUCGACACCUUCCUUCUCUGGUAGGCCAAGACUUGAAGAAGGCAAGCCACCAUACUUGACCUCAAGCGUGCGGGGGUGGAAGCCGGUGAAAGUUGCCAUGACUACCUCUAUUCCCAGAGAGAUGCAGGUAGGUCAAGUGGACACCUCUCUGGGGAAGGUAUUGGCGCCAUAUCAGCUGAGGAAACGACGACCCGAUCACAUUCCGUUGGAGAAGCUGGAGGUGAUCGCCGCACUAGACUCCUGGGCACAAGAGAAUCUUCUCCCGCUCUUGAAACCCGUCGCCAAGUCAUGGCAACCGCAAGACUUUCUCCCAAAUAGCUCCUCGGAUAAUUUCUUCGAAGACGUGCGAGCGCUUCGGGAGCGGGCGAGGGAGCUCCCUGAUGAUUACUUGGUCUGCCUGGUAGGCGAUAUGAUCACGGAAGAAGCCCUCCCGACCUACCAGACAAUGUUCAACACGUUCGAAGGCGUGCGGGACAAGACUGGGUGUAGCCCAACGCCAUGGGGCGUGUGGAUACGCGCCUGGACCGCGGAGGAGAAUCGCCACGGCGACCUGCUCAAUCGCUACCUCUACCUCUGCGGCCGAGUGGACAUGCGCAUGGUGGAGAGAACCACUCAGUACCUGAUCGGCUCCGGCAUGGAGCCCCAGAUUGACCAAAACCCCUACAACGGGUUUAUUUACACGUCCUUUCAGGAGCGCGCGACUUUCAUUUCCCACGGUAACACUGCUCGCCACGCCAAGCAGUUCGGCGAGCACAAGCUGGCUACGAUCUGCGGCAUCAUCGCCUCAGACGAGAAGCGGCACGAAAUCGCCUACAGCCGCAUUAUGAGCAAAGUCUUCGAGCUUGACCCCAAUGGCGCCAUGCUGUCCUUCCAGGAGAUGAUGAAGAAGAAAAUCACCAUGCCGGCGCACCUCAUGCACGACGGAGAGAACCCCAGGCUCUUUGAUGACUACGCAUCAGUCGCCCAGCGCUGUGGUGUCUACACAGCCCACGACUACGCAUCCAUUAUGAGCCAUCUGAUCAAGGUCUGGAACAUCGAAUCCUUGACGGGCCUGUCUAGCGAAGCGCAGCAAGCACAAGAGUUUGUCUGCCGGCUGCCGGUGAGGAUCCUUAGGCUGGCGGAGCGAUCUCACAACCGGACGAAGGGGGAGACUCCUCGCCGGAAGGCCUUCAGCUGGAUCCACAACAAAGAGGUCGAAUUACUUUGACGGGUAUCUAUUUGAAGCUUGGUUAAUGAAGGUUUUGUACAUAAAAAUCUGGUGGUUUGGUUACAUUAAGAUUGAUGUCAUGAACGCUGGUUUUUCAUGAUCAUCUGGAGGAGAGGGUUUAUUGGGUAUUAGUCACGAAGUAAAUAGCGAAGCUUAACUCUUAUUUUUUUUCUUCUGUUGGGGUGAGGUCUGGAGUCGGCAGAGUUGCUUUCGAUUCAUCGGCCAACGCUCGUACCGAUUGAAACGACAACUCAUGUAUAUUGUAGCUUUUGAUUCAUCAGGGACCAAUCGACUUCUAUUGCACGGCGUCGCCCGCACAUGUACGAUUGUGUCAAUUGAGUCGUUUCCUCGGAGCGGCACGUUUCGGUUAGUGAAUGUGGAAGCACGGGGACAAGCUCUCUUUUGGUGUUCAAAGCGUUGAACAUGCCAAACCCUGAACCAAAUGAAAUACUGAACACCACCAACCUUUUUGGAAUUCUAUUCCCUGUUCCUCUGGUUACUGGUCACUGAAUAUCUGACUUCUCCGGCUCUAGUAUUGCGAUUAAAAUAGAAGACCAACACUUUUGUGGACCUAGGAAAUUAAAUAGCUGGAGAGGUACUCUAAAUCUGUGUAAGAAUUUGGUGUAGUUCUUCACAGUAAGCACAGGGCCUUAACUUAUAGCAGCAUAGUACACUCGCGGAGUGACAACUACAGCUAAUGCAGCAGUCAACAUAGGUUUCACAACAGCUGUCCGUAUUGUCUGCACUCUUACAAUACAAGGAUGUCUAAUAAAUUCCCCAACCACACAUUGUUAAGUGUGACAGCUUUACU